GGUAUGGGGUGUACUCAAAAAUUAUGGUACUAAGGUAUUGAGACAAUGGCAGAUUGGGUUCAUUGUAAUCUCUGCUUCCACCAACCAGGUGAUGGGCGGAAAUUCUUUUUAACAAACUGCGGACACAUUUACUGUGAGCUGUGUUUAAAAGAAGGUACUGAAAAUAAAUGUAAGAUGUGUGGCUCAGCUUGUAGUACCAUUGCAUUGUCAGCAAAGAUGAAGCCAGAUGUGGAAAUAUUUUUCACAGAUCCUGCAGAUAUCCUACAGAAACAUCGGAAACAGUUACUUCAGGUUAUGGAGUUCCAGAAAAACCACCGCAGGCGAUUGAAUGCUUACAUCAGGGAUAAGGUAUCAAAGCAAAGAGAGAUGAUAGAAAUAUCACAGAAAAAUGUAAACCAUUUUCAAGAGAUGGAAAGGUACAUAACAAAGCUCAGGGAAGAAAACCUUUACUUGAAGAAACUUAUAACUGAUAAGGGCAUAAGUGGAACUCAGAGGCCAGGCACCCAGGGAAAUCGCUUGAACUCCUCCCCUGGGGGAUAUAGAGCAUCGCCAGGGAGUCACAGUCAGACCAGUUCUCCCUACAGGGGCACAUCCUCUGCCCCUGCCUCUUCACAAAGACGUGACAGGCAUCAUUCUGGAGAUGUGCCAAAGAACCCUUUGCUAAGGUCCCUCACUGUACAACAAAUUCUGCCAUUUACUUCUCCUGUGGGUGGAGGCCGAAUCUCUCUACGGACACCGCCCAUCAACGGCAAGCUAGGCCCAGCAAGCACCCCCAAACAACUUGGACAAGUAAAAUCCAUCAGAGCCUCCACCCCUGGGGCUGGUGAGGCCUUAAGACACAACUUUGCCACACCCCAGCAAUCCCCAAAAUUCAUGACAAUAGGAACGCCACAGACGAUACAAGUUUCUGCGAGCUGUGCGUCUUCAAUGAACCAGUACAGACACCCUGUGAGCAUAGCAAAUAGCAGGGCAUCAUCUCCAGGCUUUACGGUCCACACCCCAAGGGGAGCUGAUACCCUAUUCUUAUGACAACACCCAUCCCCCAC